UUUUUCAGAACCUCGAACAUGUAUGCCGAUCCACAGCCUAUCGUAAGACCAAUCAAUCAUCUGUCGUGGUCGCCCAGUGUACAGAAUCGAUUGGCCGCAUCCUACACUUUUAUGGAAUUCGAGAAAAAACUAUCUAACGUGAACCCUUUCUCUUAUAUAUGGGACAUCGAGAACCCAAACACGCCAGUAAUAUGCUUAAAAUCAUCGUCACCGUUAAUAAUCGUCGAGUUUAAUCCGCGUGAUCCGUCGAUGCUGAUUAGCGGACUGAUGUCUGGCCAAGUGUGCAACUGGGACAUCCGAAUUGGGGAUGGACCAGUGCAAAUGUCCCAUCGUCAGUUUAGCCACAGGUAUCUAUCUAUCUCCGAAUGGGAAGUUCCUCGGGACUUGCACCUAGCCGCCGAGAUUAUUGGCCAGAACUUGGAUGUACUUGACUUUGAUGUAUGGCCUCCGGAAUCGCAAAUAUCCUCCGAGAGAAAGCCGCAAAGCCGUGCAAACGGUAGUUUCUGAUACCCGGAUUAAUAUAGUCCAUGGUAGAUAUGACAUUUCGACGAGAACGUG